CCUCAAACCCUGUGAUAAGAGUCCCUGGUCCUAUUCUGCUGGGAGCAGCAGGCUUGCUCAGAGCUGAGGUGCUGUCCACAUCAUCCCUGCCAGCUGGACUUGUUGUUCUACAUCUCUCCUGAAGACUUGCCCACCCUCUGGCUGUGGUAGGGCCAUGGGGACCAGGAGCCACCACCUGGGCCUGGGGUUUCUGCUCCUGCUCUUUCUCCCUGCAGAGUGCCUGGGAGCUGAGGGUAGACUGGCUCACAAGCUGUUUCGUGACCUGUUUGCCAACUAUACAAGUGCCCUGAGACCUGUGGCAGACACAGACCAGACUCUAAAUGUGACCCUGGAGGUGACAUUGUCUCAGAUCAUUGAUAUGGAUGAACGGAACCAGGUGCUGACCUUGUACCUGUGGAUCCGCCAGGAGUGGACAGAUGCCUACCUACACUGGGACCCCAAAGCCUACGGUGACUUGGAUGCAAUCCGAAUUCCCAGCAGUCUAGUGUGGCGACCAGACAUCGUACUUUACAACAAGGCAGACACACAGCCACCUGCCUCGGCCAGCACCAACGUGGUUGUGAGGCACGACGGCGCUGUGCGCUGGGACGCACCGGCCAUCACACGCAGCUCGUGCCGCGUGGACGUAUCUGCCUUCCCUUUUGAUGCUCAGCGCUGCGGCCUGACCUUCGGCUCAUGGACACACGGCGGGCACCAACUGGAUGUGCGACCUCGGGGCACUUCCGCCAGUCUGGCCGACUUCGUGGAGAACGUUGAAUGGCGCGUGCUGGGCAUGCCAGCGCGCAGGCGCGUGCUCACCUACGGCUGCUGCUCUGAGCCCUACCCAGAUGUGACCUUCACUCUGCUGCUGCGUCGUCGCGCAGCCGCCUAUGUGUGCAACCUGCUGCUGCCCUGUGUGUUCAUCUCCCUGCUGGCGCCACUGGCCUUCCACCUGCCUGCUGACUCCGGGGAGAAGGUGUCUCUGGGUGUCACCGUGCUCCUGGCGCUCACGGUCUUUCAGCUGAUCCUGGCCGAGAGCAUGCCACCAGCAGAGAGCGUGCCACUCAUUGGAAAGUACUAUAUGGCCACUAUGACCAUGGUCACAUUCUCCACAGCGCUUACCAUCCUCAUCAUGAACCUACAUUACUGCGGCCCUAAUGCACACCCGGUACCUGCCUGGGCUCGGGUCCUCCUGCUGAGACACCUAGCCAAAGUCCUGUGUGUGCGGGAACGAGGGGAGCCCUGUGGACAGUCCAAGCCACUAGAGUCAGCCCCCAGCCUCCAGCCUCCACCAGGUCCCCCAGCGGGCCCUUGUCAUGAGCCACGGUGUCUGUGCCACCAGGAAGCCCUUCUGCAUCACGUAGCUUCCAUUGCCGGCACCUUCCGCAGCCACCGGGCUGCCCAGCGUCGCCAUGAAGACUGGAAGCGCCUGGCUAGAGUGAUGGACCGCUUUUUCCUAGGCAUCUUCUUCUGCAUGGCUCUAGUCAUGAGCCUCCUGGUACUGGUGCAAGCCCUGUAA